GAGAAAAUAAAAGAAAAAGAUAGCAGACAAGUGAAACAACAAUGAAAGCAAAAUCCAAAAAGAUCUCCAACACUAACCACUCCGUCCGUAUUGGUUCAGCUCACAUCUCAUCUCACCUCAUCCCAUUGCACUGUUAGCUUAGCUCUUUAAAGUCAUUAGUGGCUGAGACCUAAGGCCCUCACGCGCCACUCUCACACCCACGCGUAUCUUCACUGAGCCGCUUAAUAAGAAUACUCAACUGUCACACUGAGCUUUUCAGAGGAAGAGGGGAGGGGAGCCUUGCAAGUUUCAGUACAAUCAGGUGCUGUUUCGCGCACAUGUUGAUUCAUAUGUGCCGCGUAAUUAGUCAAUCGACAGGGGUUAUCUUUGCUGAGUUAGAAUGCAGACUCGGUACAUGGAAAGAACCAACUCAAUGAGAGGAAAGAGGAGUCUGGACGACGACGAGGAGCAGCAGCAGGAGCGCAAACGACCUGCUUUAGCAAGUGUAAUUGUGGAAGCUCUCAAGGUGGAUAGUCUGCAAAAGUUGUGCUCUUCAUUGGAACCAAUUCUUCGGAGAGUUGUUAGUGAAGAAGUGGAACGAGCUUUAGCAAAGUUAGGACCUGCAAGAAUCGUUGGAAGUUCAUCACCUAAGCGAAUUGGAGGACCUGAUGGACGGAACAUGCAACUUCAUUUUAGAUCCAGACUCUCAUUACCUCUCUUCACUGGAGGCAAAGUUGAAGGGGAACAGGGUGCUGCUAUCCAUGUUGUCUUAAGUGACUCUAUCACUGGCCAUGUUGUGACAAGUGGACCUGAGUCAUGUCUAAAGCUUGAUGUUGUUGUGUUAGAAGGGGAUUUUAACAAUGAAAAUGAUGAGGAUUGGACGCAAGAAGAAUUUGAGAGUCAUGUUGUUAAAGAACGAGAAGGAAAGAGACCAUUGUUGAAUGGCGAUUUGCAAGUCACGCUGAAAGAAGGUGUUGGAACUCUCGGGGAGCUUAUAUUUACAGAUAAUUCAAGUUGGAUACGUAGCAGGAAGUUCAGACUUGGCUUGAAAGUUGCAACUGGAUGUGGUGAAGGCAUACGCAUUCGUGAAGCAAAGACCGAGGCUUUCACUGUGAAGGACCACAGAGGAGAAUUGUACAAGAAGCAUUAUCCACCCGCUCUUAAUGAUGAUGUGUGGAGAUUGGAAAAGAUUGGAAAGGAUGGUGCCUUCCACAAGAAGCUAAACAGUGCAAGGAUAUUUACUGUUGAGGACUUCCUUCGUCUUAUGGUUAGAGACCCUCAAAAACUGCGUCAUAUUCUAGGGAGUGGUAUGUCAAACAAGAUGUGGGAUGCCCUCAUAGAGCAUGCAAAAACUUGUGCUUUGAGUGGGAAGCUUUAUGUGUACUAUCCUGAUGACUCAAAAAGCAUGGGGGUUGUUUUCAACAAUAUCUAUGAACUGAGUGGUCUUAUUGCUAGUGACCAAUAUUAUUCAGCAGAUUCACUUUCCGAUAGCCAAAAGGUUUUUGUUGACUCCCUUGUGAAGAAAGCAUAUGAAAAUUGGAACCAAGUUGUGGAGUAUGAUGGCAAAACACUUUUGAGCUUCAAAAACAAAAAAGUGAGACACGAGCUUCCUAUCGGCACAGCAGAUUAUUCGAACUCUUUGAACAAUCAGCGGCUUCAACAACCACGGCUUCCUUCCCCGGGCCAAAAUGAACAUUCUGCCUUGGAUCCUGUUGUGCUAAUCGCAGGUUCAAGUUAUAGUAAUGAUAAUAUGGGUGCUGCUAGGUACCCCCACAAUCAGUCCCAUAUUAUGACAUCAACUUCUCGUAUGCCCCAUUAUGAAGACCCUCCAUAUGUUCACAACCAUCACCUAAUCAACAACUCUCACCAGAUCCAAAACAUACAUCACUAUGAUAGCAAUAUCGGCCUUGCUCUCGCCCCUCCCCAUUCUUCUUCAUGCUUCCCAACAUCUGUUCAAACCAAUCUCAAUUCUUUUGAGGAAUAUAUGUCAGAGGAGGAGAUUCGUAUGAGAAGCCAUGAGAUGCUCGAGAAUGAAGACAUGCAACACUUGCUCCGGCUAUUCAGCCUGGGCAGCAGCGGCCAUGCGUCAGUCAACAUUACGGAAGAUGGAUACGGCGGUGGCGGCUUCACUCCUUUCAUGUCAGCCCCGUCUCCUAACUUUGGUUAUGACGAGGACCGCCCUCGCCCGGGAAAAGCUGUUGUCGGUUGGUUGAAGAUAAAAGCUGCAAUGCGGUGGGGUUUUUUUAUCAGGAAGAAGGCGGCCGAGAGACGGGCCCAACUUGUAGAAUUGGAUGAUGAAUAGAAAGAAGAAAGUAUGCUCGCUGCUGUGAAGAAAUUUAUAUAGGGCAUUGAGACGAGCUAGAUUUCUCCAAGGCUUGAGUGAAUGAUACCUCGUUUUUUGUCAUUAGAUAAUCCAAGAUAAUUUGCACUUUCGGUCCCACAGUAAUUAGGUGAUUCCUGACUUUGGUCACUGGCAUCCAUUUUUCCACUUUUGGAGCAAGACUGGAUGUUUUCCAGUUGUCAUUUCAGGUUGAUCCAGUUGCCAGGAAAGAACUAUAAAUGGUAAGAUAUCUACUGUUACACCAAAAGUGGAAGAAGAUGGGGGACCACAAGUUAGAAUGACCCAGUGUGAGACCAAUAGCAGAAAGUUUUCGAUAAUCCAAUGUACAGAAAGGCCUGUACAUAAGUUAUUUUUCUCUUUUUGUCUGACAUUAUAUUUUCACUUCUUUCUGUAUUUUCUAUUUUUGUCAAAUGUCAAUGGUGAUGGAUUGUUUUAAUGUCAUCCAAAGGAAUGGCGUUGCCCUUCUGGAUGUUGAAUUGUAAAACCACCUUUGAGAUGCAAUGCAGUUGAUGAUUGAAAUUAAAAUUUCCAUAAUCUUAACAACAGUGUGAAGCGUGACCAUGUGCUGUUAAAAUACUCCUCCAUUAAUCUGUCUGUGUCUG